AUGCCGGCGGCGGCGCAGGAGCCCUGGUCCAUCCUGGCGGCAAUCCCCGACGUGGUGGGGUACACGAAGGAGAAGCGCAUCAUGCCCCCGGGCACCGACAUCUCCGUCGCCCGCAACGAGCUCCCGCGAGUCUCCGUCCUCACCGUGUCACCCCACAUCUCCCUCCUGGCCUGCCUCGGGCUGUACCCCUACGUCGCUGCCGCCGACCGCUCCGGCCUGCUCCUCCUCUGCGGCACGCAUCCGGUCACAUCCACCUCCGCCACGAUCUCCUACCACAUCUGCGACGCGCGCACCGGUGAGGCUGCCUCCCUCCCCAACCCUCCGCGCCGCAUGGCCUGCUACGGCACCAGCAUCGGCCUCAUCGUCAAGGGAGACGGAUGUAUGGUCGCUGGGCUCCAGUCUGUAAGCGGUGGCGGCGGCGCCGCCACGCUGCUCAGCUACAAGGUGGGGAACUGCUGCACAUGGCGUGAGAGGGAGAUCACAUGCUCACCCCCGUUGCCCCGGGACUGGUACCCGGAGGGCGCCAUCUCCCACGGCGGGAUGCUCUGGUGGGUCGACCUCUCCUUCGGCCUCCUCGCGUGCGACCCCUUCGUCGAGGAGCCGGAGCUGCUCCACGUCCCGCUCCCGCAGGUCCUCGACGAGCUUCCCGCUGACGACCAGAUUAACUGCGGCGCCCGCCGCUGCGUGAAGGUGAGCGGAGGAAGGCUGAGGUACGUGCAGAUCCACGGCGACGCCGGCACGCCGGUGGUCAGCACAUGGGCGCUCACCGAUGCCGGCGAAUGGAAUCCCGAGCGCAGAAUGCCCAUGGCUGAGGUCUGGAUCGACGAGAGCUAUGUGAACACCAUGCUGCCGUUGAGCAUUCCUGCCCAUGCACUGCUCCACCCCACCAACCCUGACAGGGUCUACUUCUUCCUCCGUUCCUGCAUCUUCGCGGUCGACCUACGGCUGAGGAAGCUAAUGGAAUUCAAUGAGUGUGAGAUGCGUGCCCCUCCUCGUGAACUUCUGCUGAAGCGCUCCUCUCGCUUUGUCCAUGCAUGGCAGUAUGAUCCUUCAAGCAAUCGUUCUGACUUUGUAUCGACAUGCUUGAGGCAUGAGAAAGCGAUUGCUGCUGUGAGCAGCUUCUCUGGUAUCAUUCCUGCCAGGCGUAGAACUGUGCUUUCAGCUAAGCGAGUUUGGGAUUCAGUAACCAGGCAGCAGCAGGAGGAGCAGCAGCAGCGGCGGGAGAAGGCGCAGAAAUUGUGGAAGGAGGAUCAGAAGUGGCGGCAGCAAGCUUUUUGCCAUGCUUUUAAAAGGAGAUGUGUUAUCUCGGGAGAAAGCUGAAUCAGCCUUCCUCAUUCAAGUAUGAAUGAAAGGGUAGAGUAGUGUAUUUUGUGCAUGUUUAACCUGCCUCAUUAACCAGGAGUUUUAAAAACUAUCCGAGAUACAGCACCGAAGCACUGUACUUGUGGAUCUUAUUCUGCACAUUUUCUUAGUUGGGUUUGU